UUGAACACGAGGUAUGGCACAUGCGUACAAAUUCUAGUGGAUGUGUGUUUCCCUUUUCCUCCACGUUUCAACACAAGAAUCACGAAUAAAAAAUGACUAACCCAAAAGGUUACCGACGUGGUACCCGUUACCUUUUUUCCAAAGGUUUUCGAAACCAUGGUACACAAAAAUUGUCCACAUUUCUAAAAGUUUACAAACGUGGCGAUAUUGUCGACAUCAAAGGCAAUGGUGCGUUCCAUAAAGGCAUGCCGCAUAAAUUCUAUCAUGGUAAAACUGGACGAAUUUAUAAUGUAACCAAACAUGCUGUCGGUAUUGUCGUCAAUAAACGUGUACGUACUCGUGUCAUACCGAAAAAGAUCAAUGUUCGUAUUGAACAUAUUUCGCAUUCAACAUGUCGUAAAGAUUUUCUUGAUCGUCUCAAACGAAAUGAUGAAUUGAAGAAAGUUGCUAAAGAAAAGAGUGUUUUUGUCAACCUAAAACGACAACCAGAUCAACCAAAACCGGGACAUUUCAUCCGUGUUAGCAAGACAAAUAAACCCAUCAAUUUACGACCACUUCCAUAUGAAUUGGUCAUUUAAAACGAAUUAAUGAUUUUUUCAUUUUGAUUUAUAAAAUUAAAAAUUUUGUUUAUUUGUCAAA